ACGCAUCGCACACAAGCCACGUCACAUGGUAGUUGCUCUCUCUCUCUCUAUAUGGCAAGUCUCUAGUAGAAGAGAGUAACCAUUUUCUUCUUCUUCUUCUUCUUCUUCUUCUUCUUAACUUCUCCACUCCCACACCUCACAAGCAAAGCAAAGAAUUGAAUACUCCAAACCGCCGAGUCUUCGCUUCGCUGCGACGCUCCUCAAUCUCAGAUCUGGAAGCUUCUUUGCUUCGCUUCGAUUCGAAUUCAUUUGCUUGGGCGCUGAGAAAUUGUGUUUGAAUCUUGGGGUUACAGGAGGAGGUUGUUGAUAAUUGGAGUGUUUGGAAAUGGCGACUUAUACUGAGAUAGGUCAACACUCUCAGGAUAUAUCUAGCUCUGCUAUUUUGGAUCAUGGUUCGAUAUCGUUUGGAAGAUUUGCUGCUGAGACGCUUGCUUGGGAGAAAUGGUCUGUUUUUCGGCAAAAUCGAUGUCAGGAGGAGCUCGAAAUGUACAAGUCGAAUGGAUUGGUAGCCCAAAAGAGGGCUUACUUUGAGGAGUAUUAUAAGAGAGUUAGAGCUCUCAAGGCAUUGCAAUCCGAGCAUCAAGAAACAGCCCAAGUUGAUGCUUGCCCAGAUGUGCGGAUGAAUUCCAUGCAAUUAGAAAAUGACAAUUCUAGUAAUGAUAUGUCGAAAGAGGAAAAGUCAGCUCCUGAUGCAGUUACUAACUCGGAUUCUUCUGUGGGAAGUACAGUGGGUGAAGCAGGACAAGCUAACAAAGAGUCAUUGAAUGAUUGCAAUGGCUAUAGUGAUAGUUUUACCGUCACAGAUGAAGCCGGUAAUACUUUAUCUAAUGUCGACCUAGAGCAAUCUUCACAUCAGGCUUCUGUAUCAGCCACUCCACCGGUCGCUGGAAGCUCUGUCGACAGAGAGCAAUCUUCACAUCAGGCUUCCGUAUCAGCUACUCCACCGGUCGCUGGAAGCUCUGGGAUUGCCAAGCAUGGCAGCCUUGUCUCUGACCCUGUCAAGCUGACUGCUAAUGAGCAAAAAAAACUUGCCCCUGUUUUAAAGGCUAAGGGUAAUGCUGCUUCAGCUAGAAACAAAUCAAAGUUGGAGUGCACUAGUACUAAAGAUGCAGUUAAGGCAUCAGCAAAGUCAAAAUCACUUCCACUCAAUCAAAUUAAUGGCAAAAGGGAUAACAUUCUUCUUCCUAGCAAAAGCAACACUCGUAUGGCUGCAAGUGGUAAAGAUUCCAGCCAAGUGUCCUCACUUAAAAAACUUACUGAAGUACGCUCCAGUGCUGCUGUCCUACAUCCUUCCUCAACAAGAAUCAGAAUGGUUCCAUCAUCUCCUUGUGGUAGAAGUGAUCAAAGAAACGCAAAUUCGAAUGGCAAAGAUUUGGCGGAGAGCUUACGAACAAGUCGACCCGUUCAUUCACGAGCUGUUCAGAAUCCUUCAAGAGAGAAGCCAAUUACCAGUGGUUUGAAGGACAAGGCUCUAGAGAAACGGACCUGUCCUGGAGUUUCUAAAAAGCCUUCAGAGUUGAGCAGUCAACAGAUGAGACCAAAAGUUUGCCAAUCUGAGAACCAGAUACCAAAUUCCAGGUCGACCAAUAUUGCCCGAAAUAGAUUGAUCCGAGAUACUGAAGCUGACUGUGGGAGCAAGAAUUAUGGAAAAGAAAGAAAUGAGAAAGAGGGAGGAGAGGGAAUUAACAGUACAUGUAGAAAAGAUCCAAAGUCGUCCUAUAAUCCAGCAUCAAGUAUGCAGAAAAAUUUAAAGCUGGUGCAUAAGGGAAAAGAGGAAGUUAGCACUAUACGCAGAAGAGAUUCAAAGCCUGUCUCAACUGUGGCAUCCAUUGUUGAGAAGAAUUCUAAACCAUUCUAUAAGACUGCAGAACCACGGUCCGGAGGCCUGAAGCAUACUUCGAAGGGAACCAAGGUUACUUUGCAGGUUUGAGAUGUCAAGCUGGUGACGAAAGUAAAUCUCCAGGGCACGGGUGUCUCGUGUUGAAUGCUGCCUGUGUAAUCGAAGGAACCAUGCAGCAGGUCGAAUGUUCGUUGCAUUUAUAAAGCACAAAAUGUUGCAAAAACAGGUGAAUACCAGUUCAAAGAGACCAGAAUUUGCAACUGGACAUGUUAAUUCUGCUUCUCAAUUUGCAGCACAAGCCAGAGAAUAUGGGUCUCAAAUAGUUAACAGGAUCAAAAAGUCAUGUUGCAAAUGAGUCGCCAAAGUGUACUAGAGUAGGAAUAUAUGUAAUCUUAAAAGAUCUGAAACCGAAAUGUGAAUUCAGUGGCUAACAUUCUGCUUACUCGAUACAAUUCUAUUACGUCUUCGGUUCGUC